AUGUACUCGGGCAUCCCCAUCGACCCUCUGCUUGCCGCCUACUCGUCCUCCUCUGCGGACAUCUAUGGUCUCGCAGAAUGCCACCCAGACCCAUCAUCUCAUCCGCCCUCCACACUCUCCUCCUCCACCGCCUCGUCAAGUGUGGACAUCCCCCUCUCCACCCACCCAAAAUUGUCCCCCCGCGAUUCGAGUCGUUCAGCUGCCAGAAUUACCAUCGCACACCCCUACGCCCGUCUAUACGCCAAAAAGGACAGUACGAAACGUCGCAAAAUAUGGAAUCAUGUGCUCGAAAAGCAGCUCUUUUCGCCCCAAGAACUAUCGACCAUGGGCGCCCCUCACAGACGCACUAUUUACAUCGCUUCCCUGGAAGCCCAUAUCGAUCGCCUUCACAAUCAGCUCCUCAGCAGUGGUUUAUAUCCAAUCCCCUUUAAUCGCCUCGAACCUUACCGCGGCCUCAAUUCCAAAACUGCCAAGAGCAUGGUUGCAGGCCUCCAGCACGAUGCUACACAGUCGAAAUUAAAACUCCUCGAACUAGAACGUUCUAACACCAAUUUGCGCAAGUUUCUGGGCAAAUACGACCCCAAUGCUAUCUCCUUGUCGCAUUCUUCGGCACCUUCCACCCUCGCACUCGAAGCUGACGUCCGCAGGCACUCGGUAGACUCGUCUGGGAUCGGUAUGGGCACACAUACAAACGUGAACCACGGUAACUACUGUUCCUACUAUCCGUGAUCUUCCGCGCGAGGUAUAGCGUACGCAAGCGCUCGCGGGUAGUGUUAAUGUCUUCCCCCGAAUUACUCAGUUUGUUGUAUGUACGUUCUCUGAGCACUUCGAUUUGCAGGCCUUGUCUGGAAUCUUAAUAUUGAUGAUAUCGUCUCACGCUGUGGUGCGAGAAUGGAAAACAGUUGGGCGCCUUGUGAGUCAUCUCAAAGAAGAGGGCAUUAAUUCCAGGCGCAUUUUUAGGGGGCGUUGCGAGAGUCCACAAGUAAUUUUCAUUACAUGUUUGUUGGAGCCCUUAGCAUGCUGCGUUCCGGAUAUGCAAUGGAUAAAGUUGCCUGAUAGUUGCUUCUCCGGCACUUGG